AUGCCCGCCGUCGCCGUCAACGCCGCGUCGCACAACCAGGACUUCACGUACGUCGCCCUGGCGACGUCUCGCGGGUACGUCAUCCACAGCACGCUCGACGGCCAGCGGUACCACGGCGACGACGCGCUCGGCGGUUUAAAACUCGUCGAGAUGCUCUUCACGUCGUCGCUGUUGUGCGUCGUCGGCGACGGCGACAGCGCGCGCAUGAGCCCGAGACGGGUGAAAAUACUCGACGCGCGAUGCCGACGCGUGCUGGGGGAGAUCGCGUGCGCGAGCACGGUGCUGGCGGUGCGAUUGAACCGAGCGAGGGUGAUCGCGCGAGAGCGAACGCGGUGCACGAUAUACGAAUUGGGGACGCUGGCGAGACAACAGACGAUCGAUACGGUGGCGUGCGAACGAGGAUUGGUGGCGCUGAGCGCGGAUGCGGAGAGCUCGGUGCUGGCGUUCGCGGGAAGCGCGAGCGAGGGGAAGGUGGUGGUGCACGAUGCGUUGAAUUUGUGCGAGAUUUGCGAGGUGCGAGCGCACCGAACGCCGCUGGCGGCGUUGGCGUUGAACGCGGAUGGGACGAUGUUGGCCACGGCGAGCGUGAAAGGAACGGUGAUUCGAGUGACGGCGCUGCCGAGUGGGACGAAGAUGUGGAGUUUUCGACGAGGGGCGACGAGUUCGGUGAUACAGAGUUUGAAUUUUGGGGCGACGGCGUUUCAACCGCCGCUGUUGUGCGUUUCGAGCGAUAAAGGAACGGCGCACGUGUUCGCGAUUGAG